UCGCACGUAUGACAGGAUAUAAGCUCGGAAGAAGAAGAUAUGCAAAUCCCCGUCCCAUCCCAUGCGGUUUACAUAUUAUUUACGCAGUAAUUUAUAGAGGUGAGCGGCGAUGUGUGGAUACGCAAUAAUAAAGCUGACUGACGGAGCGGAGCGGUCGCGCGCUUGUUAACGCACAACACUGUGUGCGGCUCGCGCGUAAACUUUGAGAACUUCACAGCAUCACUUCUCAUUUUUGACGGGCGAGGUGAAACAACAGCGCAAAGCAUGGCGACACAAAACGACUGCUCUGUCAAGGUCUCUUUAAGGAUCCGUCCUCAGAUGGCGAAGGAGAAGAUCGAGGGAUGCCACAUCUGCACCUCCGUCACUCCCGGCGAGCCGCAGGUGCUCUUGGGUAAAGACAAAGCCUUCACCUAUGACUUUGUGUUUGACCUGGAUGCUCAUCAGCAGCAGAUCUACAGCGCCUGCGUUCACAAGCUCAUCGAGGGCUGCUUCGAAGGAUACAACGCUACUGUUUUCGCUUACGGACAGACGGGUUCAGGAAAGACGUACACCAUGGGCACUGGUUUUGACGUGAGCGUGUCAGAGGACGAGCAGGGCAUCAUCCCGCGGGCCGUACACCAGCUCUUUCAGGGCAUCCAGAAGCGCAGACUAGAGGCUCAGAGCGCGGACAUCCCACCGCCAGAUUUCAAAGUCAGCGCACAGUUCCUGGAGCUCUACAAUGAGGAAAUCCUGGACCUGUUUGACAGCACGCGUGAUCCUGAGGCUCGAGGCCGGAAGUCCAACAUUAAGAUCCACGAGGACGGCAGUGGAGGAAUCUACACCACUGGAGUGACCUCACGACUGGUCAGCUCAGAGGACGAGCUCCUGCAGUGUCUAAAGCUGGGCGCUCUCUCCCGCACCACCGCCAGCACACAGAUGAACGCCCAGAGCUCCCGUUCGCACGCCAUCUUCACCAUCCAUCUCUGCCAGAUGAGAGUCUGCCCACAGCCCCAACUGGUGAACGGAGAGCUGAAUGGAGUCUCUGACGGCUCCAUGUCUCAGUCCGAAUACGAGACGCUCUCUGCCAAGUUUCACUUUGUAGAUCUGGCAGGAUCAGAGCGUCUCAAACGCACCGGAGCCACAGGAGAGCGCGCGCGGGAGGGCAUCUCCAUCAACUGUGGACUGCUGGCUCUGGGUAACGUGAUUAGUGCUCUGGGGGAUCAGAGUAAGAGGGCGGGACAUGUGCCUUACAGAGACUCCAAACUCACCCGCCUGCUGCAGGACUCACUGGGAGGAAACAGUCGGACUGUGAUGAUUGCCUGCGUGAGCCCGUCUGAUCGCGACUUCAUGGAGACCCUGAACACGCUGAAGUAUGCCAACCGGGCACGCAACAUCAAGAACAAGGUGAUCGUCAACCAGGAUAAAACCAGCCAGCAGAUCAGCGCGUUACGAGCCGAGAUCGCACGCCUGCAGAUGGAGAUCAUGGAGUAUAAAGCGGGAAAGCGUGUGGCCUGUGAUGAGGGAUCAGAAGGGUUUAGCGAUUUGUUUCAGGAGAACUCGAUGCUUCAGAGAGAGAAUGACACUCUUCGAAUGCGAGUUAAAGCCAUGCAGGAAACCAUCGACCAUCUCAAUACUCGCGUCACGCAACUGCUCACCAAUGGAGUCAACCUGCUGCUCACAAAAACUGGAGAGACGAAUGAAGAGAUCGGCAAUCUCAUCCAGAACUACAUUCGGGAAAUUGAAGAGCUGAGGUCUAAGCUGCUGGAAAGUGAAGCCAUGAACGAGUCUCUGAGGCGCAGUUUGUCUCGUCUGUCCUCCCGCUCUCCGUAUCCCACAUCCCACCCGUCUGCUCCAUCCAUUGGCUCCUCCCCCUCCGUUUCCAUGGACGCGGAGAUGACCGAUGUGAUUCGCCAAGCCAAAUUAGAUGUGGAGCGACUGAAGAAGAAAGAGAGGAAUCAGAGGAGGAAGAGUCCAGAGAAAGAAAAGGGUUUAAAGAAGAGAGCCAAACUUCAUCCUGAGGAAAACGGAGAGAAGAGUGAGAAUGGGCUGACCAGAGGAAACGAAGAGAGACGUGAAAAUGGAGAUGGAGACUCUGAUAAUGAGCCUGAAGAGGAUGGCAUGUAUCCGCUUCAGGAAGAUGAUCACGGUGAGAGCGGCUGUGAUGAGGAAGAGGAAGAGGAAGAGGAAACCAGGGAGGAGGAAGAGUUCGACAGCGACGAGAGCUUGGUGGAUUCGGACUCUGACUCUGAUGAGAAAGUGAACCUGCAGGCGGAUCUGGCAGACUUGACGUGCGAGAUCGAGAUCAAGCAGAGACUCAUCGACGAGCUGGAGAACAGCCAGCGGCGGCUGCUGACGCUCAAGAGUCAGUACGAGGAGAAGCUGAUCCUGCUGCAGAACAAGAUCAGAGACACGCAGCUGGAGAGAGACCGUGUGCUGCACAACCUCAUGUCGAUGGAGAACUACACUGAAGAGAAAGCCACUAAGGUGAAGUCGGAGUACGAGAAGCGUCUGAAGGAGAUGAACCGGGAUCUGCUGAAGCUCCAGGCCGCGCAGAAAGAGCACGCACGUCUGCUGAAGAACCAGGGCCGCUACGAGAGAGAGCUGAAGAAACUACAGUCUGAGGUGGCCGAGAUGAAGAAGGCAAAGGUGGCGCUAAUGAAGCAGAUGAAGGAGGAGCAGCAGAAGAGGAGGAUGAUCGACGCCAAGAGGAACCGAGAAAUCGCACAACUGAAGAAAGAGCAGCGACGACAAGAGUAUCAGAUCCGUGCUCUGGAGUCUCAGAAGCGUCAGCAGGAGCUGGUGUUGCGCAGGAAGACUCAGGAGGUGACCGCGCUCCGGCGUUUGGCUAAACCGCUGUCAGAGCGGGCGGCUGGACGAGUGUCCCGCAGGCUCACCAGUGUAGACUCUGGAGCAGAACUGUCCACCACCACAACCACCACCACCACCUCCUCUGAGCCAGAGUCCAGCCGCUCCGUCUCCAGCAUCAUCCGCCACUGGAACACCAAACUUAACGGGUACCUGGGGGAACACGACAACCAUUGUGUAUCUGUGGUUGUUUACAGUAGCAGAAAAAAGUUCCAGCGGAAGGGUCCGAGCGGCGGUUUCUCCAAGACGGCGCGUCAGAAGUGGCAGUCUCUGGAGAGGAGAAUCAUGGACAUCGUCAUGCAGAGAAUGACCAUCACUAAUGUGGAGGCAGAUAUGGAUCGCCUCAUUAAGAAACGCGAGGAGCUCUCGGUGCAGCAGGAGGCGCUGCUGCGUAAGAGAGAGAAGCUGCUGAGCGAGAGCUUCAGGGAAGAGGACGAGGAGCGACUCCUGCAGGAGAUGAACGAGGAGAUCGAGGUGCUCAACGCUAAUAUAGACUACAUCAGCGACAGCCUGUCCGACUGCCAGGCCACCAUCGUCCAGAUCGAGGAGACCAAGGAUGAGCUGGACUCUGUGGACACAUCAGUGGUCAUCAGCUCCUGCUCUCUGGCCGAAGCUCGAUCUCUACUCGACUACUUCCUCAAAGCCUCCAUUGACAAGGGUUUACAGGUCGCCCAGAAGGAGGCUCAGAUUCGCCUGCUGGAAGGUCAGCUGCGGCAGACGGAUGUGAUGGGCUCGUCCCAGAAUCACAUGAUCCUGGACGCUCUGAGGGAAAAAGCGGAGUGCAUCCCUGAACUGCAGGCUUUAAUCCAUAAUGUCCAACAAGAGAACGGCUAUGCCAGCACAGAUGAGGAGGUGUCUGAGUUCAGUCAGGCCUCAGAGUGCGGAUUUUCCCAAAUGAAGUUGUCAGCGAGUCAAGAUGACUUUAAGAUGAAGGUUGAGCCUCGACUGGCCGCACAAAUGAAGGCCAUUUCAGCCGAGUAUUUGGGUCCAAUUCUAGACCUGAACUCUAAAAACAUCACCAAGUCUCUGGCAUCUCUGUCUGAGAUCCAGGAGAACGGUUUGCUCCUCAAAGAAGUGUACUCUAGAGAGCUGGUGUCUCGAACCAUCAGCCUGCCCAUCAGAGGACACACUUUCCCGAGGCAGUCCAGAGGCUCUGACGCUUCCCCUUUAACAAGGAGACAGUCAUAUGACCGGGGACAGCCAUACAGAAGUCCAGAUGUGGGCUACACUCCUCCUCCAUCUCCUCCGCUUCGACAACGCAAUGACCGCAACGUGUUUUCCCGCUUGACCAGCAACCAGAGCCAGGGCUCAGCUCUCGACAAGUCGGAUGACAGCGACUCCUCUCUCUCGGAGGUGCUCAGGGGUGUGAUCACUCCCACAGGUGGGCUGAAGGGGGGCAGGACAGCCCCUCUGCAGUGCGUGGCCAUGGCUGAGGGACACACCAAACCUGUGCUCUGCCUGGACGCCACCGAUGAACUUCUUUUCACCGGCUCUAAAGAUCGAACUUGCAAGAUGUGGAACCUGGUCACCGGGCAAGAAAUUGUGACCCUGAGAGGGCAUCCUAACAACGUAGUAUCUGUCAAGUAUUGCUGCAACUCCAGUCUAGUCUUCACGGUUUCCACCUCAUUUAUUAAAGUUUGGGACAUUCGUGAUUCUGCCAAGUGUGUUCGAACAUUCACGUCAUCGGGUCAGGUGGUCUCGGGGGACGCCUGUGCUGGAACAACCACCCGCACCAUCACGACAGCCCAGGGCGAAUACCAGAUCAACCAAAUCGCCCUCAAUCCCUCUGGAUCAGUGCUCUACGCGGCUGCAGGAAACACUGUCCGCAUGUGGGACCUCAAUAGAAUGCAGGCCACCGGGAAGCUGACAGGGCACAUUGGUUCAGUGAUGUGUCUUACAGUGGGUUAUUCCGCAGGAGGCAAAGACCAGGUGAUCACUGGAUCCAAAGACCAUUAUGUCAAGAUAUUUGACGUUGCGGAGGGAGCUCAGGGAAACAUCGGCCCCGCUCAUAACUUCGAGCCUCCUCAUUACGAUGGCAUUGAGUGUCUCGCUGUAUACGGUGACGUGCUUUUCAGUGGCUCCCGGGACAACGGCAUUAAGAAAUGGGAUCUGCGACAGCAGGAACUGAUUCAGCAAAUCCCAAAUGCACACAAGGACUGGGUGUGUGCUCUGGCGUUUGUUCCCGGGCGGCCGAUGCUCCUCAGCGCCUGCCGGGCAGGAAUGCUGAAGGUGUGGAACGUGGACAACUUUACGCCCAUCGGAGAUAUCAAGGGUCACGACAGCCCCAUCAAUGCCAUCUGCACCAACUCCAAACAGAUUUUCACUGCAUCCAGUGACAUGAGAGUGAAGAUCUGGAAUCCGAAGAUGGGGAAGAAAAGGUGACGAUCCUCCAUUAUGGAUGCGAGUCUUAUCGAUGGUGCCUUUUUUGGAGGUUGUCGAAUAAUUGGACGCCACGACUUUGGGUGUACGAGACUGACCUCAGCGAGGAGGUUCAGACGUCCCACUCCAGAAAGCCGGAUUCAAGGAGGAGAUCAGACGCAAACUUUUCCACCAGGCGUUCAGAGGAAUAGGAUCAAUUUGAGGAUCCCAACGAUUUCUUCAGGAUGUUAAAAGAACAGCCCACUUAUUUUUUUUUUUUUGAUAUAAACUCUUUCUGCAAGUCACCUAGAGUUAAACAGGUGAAUUGUACCAAUUUUAAAUCCAUUCAGCCCAUCUCCGGGUCUGGCGUGAGCACUUUUAGCUUAGCUUAGCAUAAUUCAUUGAUUCGGA